GUAUAACUAGCGCGUUGAAGCUCGUCGAUGAAUUCCGGCUCCAGAACGCGCCUGAUCAGACUGCUAAACGACGCCGUAGCGCCGAUGGUUACGAAACACCGUUUUGGGCCAUGGACCGACGAUGCUUGUUCAGCCAUAUCCAAAGUGAGCAACGUUCGGCCAGGAGCAUUCAUCCAUGCCCACAUCUGUGACGAACUGAGACAGUCAUCAGACUGGACCUCGUUGUGUCGGGGGGUCGGUCAUACGGCGGAUCAUGCCAAGGGGUACGGCUGAUUAUCCGGCCGUCGACGCAAAUCUCCUGCGGGAAAAAUAACGUGCAAUGCAACUUGAAGCUUUCCAAUGCGGAUGAACAUCACGACACACAGCAUUCAGCCGUUAUGGCUACUUCAGCGCGGCAUCUGUGCCGCUCAUUAUUCCAAGUCAGCCGACAAAUCCCUGUGAAAAGGAAGUGUCAACCACAAUUCCUCCUGCGGCACAGAGAGAUCGUUCCACUUCGACAGAUCUCGACGACAAGUUCGCUAAAAGCGGAUGAGCCGACCAAUUCCAGAUCCGCGCAGGAGGCAAGUCAGAGUCAAGACGACGGCGAGGGUUUCGAUGGGCCUGCCGAGUAUCUGACGCCGGGGACAUUAAUCACCGCAAAUGACCUGAGCCCUGAAGAGCGUGCGGAUUACGAUCUCCUGUCCAAGCGAGAUCAACGAGAAUAUUUGGCUUUGCAAAAUCAUUACGCGGCAGUCUUUGAAUCAGCCCAAGCCGACGCGGCAUUGGAUGACAUUGUCACCGAUGUGGACAAACAAGUUGACAAAGAGGUUGAGAACGUGGAUUUCCCGGAUUCGGCAGUGGACCCCAGGGAAAUAGGUUACUGGGCUCUCGAUGAGGACGACGAGUUCGGCCAGGUCGAAGAUGGAGACGAACCAUGGGACGAUUCGGCGAUCUCGUCCGUCGCGCACAGCGAGUUGGAAGUGCAUCGGGAAGUAAGAGAAUAUACAAGGGUAAUCGCAUGGGAUAUGCCGUUGUUGCAGCAAUAUGCGAAACCAUUUCAACCACCCACAAAUGCAACACCUCUCCGUUUCCGCUACACGACCUAUAUGGGUGAAGCGCAUCCAGCCGCCAAAAAGGUCGUUGUACAGUUCUGCACCAAAGAUAUGCCCAACCUCACCGAAGCGCAACGAUUGAAACUUAUCAAGCUUGUUGGGCCACGCUACAAUCCAGACACCGACAUGGUCAAGAUGUCAAGCGAAAAGUUUGAGGCACCGGCGCAAAACAAACGGUACCUAGGUGAUCUGGUCAAUAAGUUACUCGACGAGGCAAGGAACGGUGCUGACACCUUUGAGGAUAUUCCGCUGGAUUUCCGCCACCACAAGUCGAAGAAACAGGUUACAUUCCCAGAGGAGUGGAAAUUGAAACCGGGCAGGAUACAGGAGCUGUUACAUGCCAGACAAAACCAGGCGCUGUUGGGUGCAGGCGAGACACCCGCUUCUACGAGCAAGGAGGCCGUGCACAGCUAUGUACAAACAUUGAACCGAGGGGGUAUCAGUCCGCAAAGGACGUUGUAAAACAAUCAAUGCAAAUCCAUCUAGAACCCAUCAGAGUGAGGAGUGAGCAAAAGCAUGUCCUACUGCCAGCCGAAGUACUUGAUCCGAACCAGGCGCCACGGUACAACCAGUUUUGGAAGCCUCGCUUCAAGUUCUUCUCCGUCUGCCGCCUCCUCGGCGUCUGCCACCUCUCAUGCCUUUGCCCAAGUCUGCUUGCUUGGCAGAUGUUAUGCUGCUUUCUCCGCUGGUAUCGAGAGUGGCCGCCAGUGCCUUUGCUUUUUCCUCUUCCCAUCCAGCCUGCUCCUUUGCACGAAUCUGAGCCAUUAAAUCGUUAGGUGCUUCACCGUUGCUGAAUGUCUCGCUGUCCAGAUCGUGAUCGAAGAUGGAACGAUGAUCGGGUCUGAGGACUUUGUACUUGGCCGCGAGAGCCUUGCGCUCUUUCUCCUCAAUCUCGUUCAGUUUCAGGGCAAUAGCUUCUUUCCUCCGCUCUUUCUCCUUAUCGUCUUCCUUCGACGUAGGAGCCGUCUUCUUUUCCGUUUCGGGGAUUCUGUCUUUGGCACAGGCGUGGUUCUUGUUGCGGUAUCUGUAGUUGUGAGCUCCACCACGACCGGCGGAAGAUACCCCAAGUCCGUGGCAAAUCAUACGUUUCGCAUCAUCGCUGACACGCCAAUUCCGCUGUGUCGCGUUGGGAUCGGCCACUCCAAAACUUGGUCCAUUCUUUCCUCCGGCGACAAGGAGACUGCCUAAAGCAUACUUCUCGCGGUACCAGCGUGGAAUAUCACGGUGACCGAUUCGCUCGAGAGUGGGCAGGUCGAGAGGCAUCUCAUGCUUGUAUACACAGCCUUGUUGAGCAUAGUCACAUUCACCACGACGGAUCCAGAAGGAACAGUAUUCCUUGCUGCCGACUGGAGUCUUUGUUUGACCAAUGUCGCCUUGGUCCUGGCGUUGUUGUGUCUCUUUAGCAGUGGAAGUAUCGGCAUUGGGAGAAGCGUUAUGGUUGUUGCCGCGUUCCGCAAUUUUGCUUUCUCCAUCGCCCGACACACUAGAUACCGUGCAUGAACUGCUUGUGGCAUCGCUCGGUUGCCGUUCCUCGAUCCCAAAUGCUUUUGGUGGCGCGGUCGAGGAUAGUGUAACAGGCUUUGGUGGUGGUAACAUUUGUGUGCUUGCCACUGGAGCGACCGUCUUCACAGGCUCUGUCAUCUUUUGUCCGGUAGUUGCGGAUACAUUGCCUCUCUCGAGGACCAAAGGUUUGGUGUUGUUGAGUGCUUCGACGACGUAAUAUUGAUGUCGAGAUUCGGAUACGCCCGCACAGAUCAUUCCGCCGAUAUCGUAUGGAUCCAGGAUACGUGAGACCCCGCGGAUCUGGACAUGGAUCGGCAGCUCAUCCAUGGCAAUGAGAGGGACCAUGGCACCAUUUUGGCGGGUAACAAAAUAUUGCGGUUUGAGUGCCUGCUGCUUCGACAUCUUGACAGUCUGACUUGCUGGGUUGCUUGCAAAAGACCUUGUCCAGUCAGUAUUUUUAUAUUGGACGUGAGCAUAAAGCAAAAUGCCUGGCUUGCGCGAGGGAAGUCGAGGAGAACAAGAAAACGAGGAGCAGAAAUGGAGAUACUUAUAGAAAGUCC